AUGGGUAUUAUGGUCCGGGCACAUAUGGUUCAGGUAGCGGGGGACAACCUGCGAUCUUCCACCUGGCGGGGCAGCCAUAAUCCCGUCUGGAGGAAGGAGCCGUCAGAGAAGGAAAUCAGGACAUACUGUGGACAUAGAGGAAGAUGGAUAACCAACAGGAGUAACCGGGAUCUCGGAUGGUUAGGACCAUCUUAUGAUAUUAUGUACCAGUACAUUCUGGAAUUCUUCUUGAGGGAAAGAAGAAAGCUAUUGAGGUUAACCCCACCCCUUCAUUCAUUGUUCCUCCACACCCCUCCGAAAAUUUCGAAAAAUGUUAAUUACAGACAUGGCGAAGAUAGAGACGUAGAGGAGAAAGUAGAGGAAGUGAAAUGGAUGUGGUCAGUUGAAUGGUAUUUAGAGAAAUCAGGUCGCUGCUACCUCUGCCAUCCGUCAAGGGAAGCCAUUAAUUUUUUGAGAAGCGUCUUGUACGAACAAAAAAUAUUUGUCGCUUCAAGAAUACAAAAAUGGUUUAUAACAGUUCGUAACUUCCGAAAGCAGCACGUUCCAAAACUUCAAAUGAAUUCAUAA